UUUUACUGUUUUUAAGGAUCUUUCUGCCUUGCCCGGUUCUUGUUUUUGCAAUUUCAGCUGGUUUUUUGCGAUCAAUUUUUUUUUUUCCGGGUAUUUUAUUUUCUUUUUGUUCGAAUGGAAAGUAUUGAUUUUUCUGAGAAAUGAGGGUGUUUCUUUGACUGCCUUUGGAAUUGCAUUCCUGGAACGAGUUGGAAUUUGAUUGGUUUUACUUUUUUUUUUUGGAAAUGUGGUUCUUCGAAAAUUCCUAAAUCAUUGUGCUUUUGAAAUGCAUAUGCUUGCAUGAACUGAAAGUAAUUGUUGUUUACUUAUCGGAUUGUGUUUAGAUUUUGUAACAGCGCAUACGAUGUUGACAAAGUACAAACCUUUUAAGGAAUACCAAAUAUGAAAUAUGAUAAGAGUUUGGUUGCUGAAUGACAUUGCAGAUUAGUAAAGAAUUGCCUAGUGACGGUUAUUAGUUUUGAGGCAGCUGCGCAAAGAUUUUAUCUACAAAUCCUUAGUUGGAAAAGUAUUUGGUUAUUGGUUUGUUAUGAUUUUAAUCACCUUAGACGAAUUAUUUGGCGGUUGACUGUGUGAUUGAGGCCCUUUGGUUUAGCAAUGAGCGAGAGACAUGUUUCAUAACAUAAAUGGGUGGUGGCUGUCGUCGGUUCUUUAUGGAUUGUUUGGAUUAUUUCUCGGUUGUGUUUUUCUCAUGCAUUUUUUCAUCAGGUGUAUAAUUUGUGUUCGUAUUUCAACUUGUGCAUCGUAGAGUAGCAGGAAGAGAGUGCUGAAAAGGCUAAAUGUUUGAGUUCUUAGGCAAUAGAAUGCGUCUGUUAGUAUGGUUAUUUCUGCAGUGUUUCACCUUUAUCUUUAAUGCCUGAUCUGUUCUUUUUCAGGGGUCCGUUAUGGCAGUUCUGCUUCCUACACACUCUUGCAUUCAUGCCACAUAAACUUUAUAUCGCUAGUGUUGAAUAUGUUCUUGUUUUGUUAUAUGGUUUUAGAGUCCAAUAGUUGUGAUGUGCCUCCACCGCUGGCGCUCGGUGCUGGAAAAGAAGUUGGCAUCUGAACAUGUACCGGAGGAGGAACAGAUCAAUUUGUUGAAGGAUUUGGAGCGCACAGAGACUCAAUACAUACGCCUUAAAAGGCACAAAAUUUGUGUAGAUGAUUUUGACCUUCUGGCCAUAAUUGGGAGAGGGGCCUUUGGAGAGGUUAGACUGUGCCGGGAGAAGAAAUCUGGCAACAUUUAUGCCAUGAAAAAGUUGAAGAAGUCAGAAAUGCUCAGUAGGGGGCAGGUUGAACAUGUUAGAGCUGAAAGGAAUUUGCUUGCAGAGGUUGCCAGUCAUUGCAUUGUGAAACUUUACUAUUCCUUUCAAGAUGCUGAAUACUUGUAUCUGGUCAUGGAAUAUCUACCUGGUGGCGACAUGAUGACUUUGCUUAUUAGAGAAGAGUCUUUGACUGAAACUGUCGCAAGAUUUUACAUUGCGCAAAGUGUUUUGGCCAUAGAAUCUAUUCAUAAACAUAACUACAUUCACAGAGACAUAAAACCAGACAAUCUCCUGUUAGACAAAAACGGUCACAUGAAGCUCUCUGAUUUUGGUCUUUGCAAGCCUCUCGACUGCUCGAAUUUAUCUUCCAUAAAUGAAAAUGAAGUGCUCGAUGAUGAGAACCUGAAUGAGGCAAUGGAUAUUGAUGAAUCCUUCCCUCAAACAAAAAAUGGGAGGCGCUGGAAAAGCCCGCUUGAGCAACUUCAGCAUUGGCAGAUAAACAGGAGAACAUUGGCAUUUUCGACAGUUGGAACUCCAGAUUACAUCGCUCCAGAGGUAUUGUUGAAGAAAGGAUAUGGCAUGGAGUGUGACUGGUGGUCGCUUGGUGCGAUAAUGUAUGAGAUGCUUGUUGGUUAUCCUCCAUUUUACUCUGAUGAUCCCGUCACAACAUGCAGAAAGAUUGUACAUUGGAAAAAUCACUUGAAAUUUCCUGUCGAGGCACGGUUGACACCUGAAGCAAAGGAUCUGAUCAAAAGGUUUCUUUGCGAUGUUGAAAACAGACUUGGUAGAGCAGACCAAAUUAAGGCUCAUCCUUGGUUUAGAGAUACUGCUUGGGACAGACUUUACGAGACGGAGGCAGCAUUUAAACCAGAGGUCAACGAUGAACUUGAUACUCAAAACUUUAUGAAGUAUGAUGAGGUGGAUCCACCAGCACCUGGAAGAACUGGAUCUGGACCCAUGAGAAAGAUGUUGUUGACUCCUAAAGAUCUCAGUUUUGUUGGCUACACAUACAAGAAUUUUGAGGCUGUCAAAGGGUUACAUCGUUCAUCUGGUAUGUCAUUGUACCGAAAUCUAAAGAGAAGUACAUCGCUGAAUCGGACAUCUGUUGACUCUUCUCAAAGUGAUUCUGUACUGGACUACUCCACCAAGUAUCCCUCGUACGACAUGGAAGCUCAGGUACUUACUGCACCAGAGGAUGUCAUGUCAGAGUGACUCACAGCGUCUCGUAUGACAGGCGGACAGGGCCCUUCUAGGAACCUGCUGCGCACGCCUGCUUGUUUUUCCCAGUUGGGUUUUGCCCCGACCACCACAUGAUCAACACAGUUGACUGCUACAUCUUGCAGAACUUCAAGUGUACAGUAUUAGUAGAAGAUCGUUAGAACUUUUUGUAUCCGAGUAGGGGUGAUAUUUUUAUCAUGGUCCUGGCUACCCAGGUUGGCAAUGUGCCUUCACUUGUGGCGGUUUUCGAUCUUUCUUCUCUUUGAUUGUCUAGGAAAUUAUGGCUGCUGAAACAUAAUUGAGUUUUUGAUUCCUAAGUUUGAGGAUGUUACUGAUGUUGCAAUCUUAUAGUCUCAUAUAUUUCCAAUA